AUGGAGGUAUACAAGUCACUGAGGCCGCAGCCCGAGAUUGUUAGAGACACUAAUGUUAAGCUCGCAGGCGAGGGGGCUGGGAUGACCGCCCAGUACCUCGGACAUUUGAAUCUUCGUAUCGGGGAUUAUGAUUUCGUUCACCCAAUUUAUGUUGCCCCUUUACAAGAUGAAAUGCUUUUGGGAAUUGACUUCUUGCGUGCACACGGUGCAGAAGUUUCAUGUGAAGCCGGUACAUUAAGGGUCAAGGGCAUAGAAACUAUUUUCGCCCUGAGCGCUGAUGAGACAGUGCCAGUACUCGAUGCGGUUUCAGUCCGCAGGGUGCGGGUCCCUCCGCACACUGCCCAAGUUAUCGAGUGCGCCCUUACUUCCGAUAUGCCAGAGUUUAUGCUGGAACCAGCUAGCAUAUUUCCGCCUGGUAUAGUAGCUUCGCGGACAUACAACGCCGCAGGAAACAAAGCCAAGUUACGUAUCUUAAACCUGACUGACAGAAGUCAUAUAAUCAAGACUGGUACUAAAGUAGGGGAAGCUGUUCCUGCUAUGUCUGUUAAGAGUACCGAGCCCACAGUGCGUCGCGUGUCAGCGGAGGGGGAGACUAGUUAUAAACACAUAGCCCCACUCCUAGAUCAGUUAGGUAAGGGUGCGCCUGUGGAAGUGAAAUCUCAGGCUGUAGAGCUAGUUAAAGAAUUUGCUGAUGUCUUCGCUGUAGAUGACCUUGACCUCGGAAAAUUUUCCGAGAUGGAGCAUCGGAUAGAUACUGGCGAUGCACUUUCCGUUAAGCAGCGGAUGCGCCACACUCCUGCUGUGAUCCAGGGGGAGGAAGAGGGUCGUCUAGACAAAAUGUUAGAGGCCGGAGUUAUCCAACCAUCUUCUUCAGACUGGGCGUCUGCCCCGGUUCUAGUCCGGAAGAAGGAUGGUAGUGUCCGCUGGUGA